CUGAGCCCGCAGCAGGCACCGCCUCUUCGGGGAGCCGCCCACCAAUGAAGUCGGUCCUGAGGCGGGACGAUGGUUAUCCGAUGUGCUGGCAACAGGUCGCACUGGUAGCGGGGGAGAGAUUUCCCGAUGUCCUCAGUUCAUUGAGUAACAUCUUCUCAUCCCACCAACACUGUACAAAGCUGCUGCUGCUGGUGCGGUGAAGACUGGUACAGGAGCUCUGGCUGAGGAGGGAGCAACAUUUCACGAUUUGGAUCAUCUCAGCAGGCUGCUUGCACAGAAACCAGGAGGUCAGCAUGAGCACUCUGUCCACUGACAGAAAGCCUCCUGUGGAUUACGGCGUUCAGAUCCGCUUCAUCAAGGACCUCCAUGACACAGGCGGAGGUUAUCCCGAUAAAUCCAGAGGAAACAACAGUGCAACCCUUCCUUCCAAUAAGUAUGGGGUGGCAGUGCACGUUCAGGGAAUCUCUGGACAUCCUUAUGUGGUCCUGAAAGAUGGCGAGAAAGGUGACUCGUACGGAGUUCAGCUUAACACUCCCACCCCCAGCUCAGGGCCACCUUCACCCUGCAACAGCCUCCACAAAACCAAUAAAGAACCAGCAGAAUUUUCCAACUCUUAUAGCCCUGCUGUAAAUACAGCACACUCCCCUGUUUCUCCAGCAGAGGAUGAGGUAAGGGAGAUUUUUGGGAGCCCUCACAAAAGACCUCCAGGGGACGGUCAAGCAGGAACACAAGGGGAGGAGGAAGACGGAGCUGGCAGAAAGGAUGAGAGGCCAAAAGCUGAACUCCAUCUCAAAGCAGCAAGUGAGACAGAGAAAAAACGAGAUAGGACUAGUAAUAGCGAGUAUAAUGAGGCUGGGCUGAAGCCAGUCAAAUUAACCAGUGUGGGACCCAGAGGGGUCGAGCAAACUGCCUCUGGUUACACUGGCUCUUUGGGGAGAUACAGAGGGAAAAAACAGAGUACAUUUCCCCCCUCUGCGUUGUUUCCAGAACCUCCAGCAUCAAAUAAUGAGGAGCCCAUCCCUGCAAUCGACACCAACUCCCUGGCCCCCAUCAACAAGCUCAUCAGUAAGUUCAACAGUGGGACGCCGGGCAGCACCCCGCAGACGAGAGGCCGCUCUGGAGCGAGGCAGCGGCUCAGGUUUGACGAACGCAGGCGGUCGAGAAGUCUUGAUGCUAGAAAAGAUGUUGAGCAUGAUGUUCCCUCACCUAGCUCUCCGAUUCUGAAUCCCUACGCUGCUCCACCGUCUACCUCCUCCAAUUUGUUGGCGUCAUCUACCCCAGCGAGCAGAAGCCUGGGAAGCAGCCCUGCAUCUGUUUCCAAGGUGACGGCACUCGAGCCCCCCAAGCCGAGCUUUAAGUUGCCAGGGAAGUUUGUUGCCAAGGACACCCAUCCAGCUUUAGCUAAAAAACCUGAGAUAACUCUGAGGAGCCUGUAUCAAAGCAAAGAGGUCAUAAAUGGGGAGGAAGCUCAAGCGAAGCAAGCUAUUCACAACACCCUUAAAGAUGGCACCAGUGAGAGAUACCUGAAAAGCAAGGUCAGCCACGUCUAUGACUCAACUGACAGUUUUAAGAAGGGAGGAUCUGAUGGGAGCUUCACAAAAGGGAACCUCGAGGAGCUUCAAGAGCAACUUAAUCGCUGCAAGAAAGAACUGCAGCAAGUCCAUGAUGAGCUUGCUGAGGAGCGCAUAGCCAGAGAGGGGGCAGAGUCUCGUCUGCACCUACAGGAAGAUCAGCUGGCGGAGCUUCAGGAGGAGCUGAGGAGGGUUUCAGAAAACUCACCUCACUCAGACUCACUGCAGUUGGAUGUGAUGACUCUGCAGGCCGACCUUGCUGAGGCUGCCAUGUUACGUCAGCGCCAGGAGGAGAUUCUACACCAGCGGGAGCGGGAGCUGACGGCCCUAAAGGGGGCACUAAAGGAGGAGGUGGAGUGCCAUGACAGAGAGAUUGAGACUCUGAGAGAGCAGUACAGUAAGGACAUGGACAACCUGAGAAAAACCAUGGAGCAGGUCACACAGUCCCAGGAGCAGAUAGAAGAGGAAAGGGAGAGGGUGAACACCUCCAUGUUGACACUGGAGGAAGAACUGGAGAGCUGCAGAGAUCAGGGAGAGCAGUGGAAGACGCAGCUGGACGCCACUGCCCAGGAGCUGCACAACACCAGAGAGGAGAGCGGAACACACGUCGUCAGCAGUCGAAUGCUGCUAAAAUCCAGUUUGGAGAAAGAUAAAUUUGAGGGCGAGCUAAAAGGUCUUCGGGAGUCACUGCUCGGCAUGAAGAAACAAAUGCCUGCGUCUGACAAUAUCAGCUCUUUAGCAGAGGAGCUUCGACAUUGCCAUGAUGAUCUGAAACGGGCUCGCACCGAUCUGGACAAACAAAAGAGUGAAUUAGGCGAGAAGAGAGAGACACUUCAAGCACUGAGGAAAGCGAGUGGAGAAAAAGAAGCUGAGCUUCUUUCUGAGAUCAGCAGGUUGAAGGAACAGUCGCAGAAAGACAAGGCCGAGCUGGAAAAGGCGUCCGAGAAGGUAAAUGAGUCAUCAGUUGGGUCUUCAGAAAAGACUGUGGUGGACCACGACACCAACCUGGAGCUCCAGGAAGCAAACACUCGCCUCAGAGAGAGGCUGGCCCGCAUGACGAGACUUCACUCCGGUGUGCCCCGGAGCCCGGAGGCAGAGGAGGCGGUGGAAGCUCUGGAGGAUGAGAACCGCUCCCUGAAGACUCAGCUGGAGGAGGCCAAGAGAGGAGCCACCCGCCUGAGCAAAGAGAGGGACGAGCUGACCCUGCGGCUGGAGGAGAGAGACCUGGAGAGGGAGGCGUUGAGGAGGGGCAAGAUUGACCUGGAGGAGCAGAAGAGACUGCUGGACCGAGCCCUGGAGAAGAUUAACAAAGAGAUGGAGAUAAUGAUGGGAGAUUCCCGUCAGUCGGUGGCUGCCCUGCAAACACAACUUGAAGACUACAGGGAGCGCUCAAGGAAGGACCUGCUGGAAGCCCAGCGCAACAGCAAGGACAGGCUGGCUGAGCUGCAGAGGGCUCAGAGCAACCUCAAGGCACAGCAGGAAGAAGUUUCCCGUCUGAAGAAGGAGCUGCUGGUGUGCAGCGAGGAGAGAGACAGCGCCCAGCUAGAGAGAGACCUCCUUAACAACCGACUCAAACAUUUGGAGAGUGAACUAGAAUCAGAGAAGAGCACCCACACUGACCGCACCAGGGAGAUUAGGGGCCUAGAGGAUAAAAUCAAGACAAUGGAAAUUGAACUGGAUGAGGAGAGGAGCAACGUGGAGCUUCUGAAUGACCGCAUCACACGUAGCAGAGAUCAGGUGGACCAGCUUCGCUCAGAGCUGCUUCAGGAGCGUUCGGCUAGACACGACCUGGAAAUGGACAAGAGUGCACUUGAGAGACAGUUGAAGGAGUUGAAGUCCCGCGUGGCGGACAUGGAGGGACAGACGAGAGGACCCUCGCCUGGAAUCAGCCUACUGGAAAACAAAAUUCAAGAGUUGGAGGAGAGACUGCGCAGUGAAGAAAGAGAGAAGGCCAGCAUACAUGCCUCUCAGAGACGAAUGGAGAGGAAGCUGAAAGAGCUAAACGCCACAUUGGACCAGGAGAGAAGCCAGCAUGUUGAGCAGAGAGAUCAGCUGUCCCUGCGUGUGAAGGCGUUGAAGCGGCAGGUGGACGAAAGCGAGGGAGAGGUGGAGCGCUUGGAGGGAGUACGUCGAAAGGUUCUUAGGGACUUGGAGGAGCAGCAGGAGCUCCAGGAAACAAUGCAUGCCAAAGUCACAGCCCUGGAAACUGAACUAAAGCGGAAGUCAAAGCACACACAUCUCGCAGCACUGGGCUCCUCCACUUUAAGCUCUGAGGAUGAGGACGGUUUCAACGACGCGAACUUCACCUCCAUCCUGAACGAGAGCCACCUACAGACCACCAACUGCUAAAGGAAGAUGAAAAGUUUUUUUUCCGGGAGGCACUCAGGGCAUCAAGGACUCGCUUGUGUGAAGAACUCAGUUGCCAUGCACUACAUUCUUGCCUUGCAGUUGUUUAAUUUUAGUAGCAGGUUGUCAGGAUAAUUAGAUUGCAUUUGUUGAGCAUUCAGCUGUGAUUAUGAUUGCUUCCCCGUUUUAUCUGUCUUGAGAUCUUUUAUGUGUCUCUGUUAUGUCAAAGAAAAGAAUUACAGUUAUACUUAGAAAUACAAGGUGGUACUUCAUGUACUUUAACUUUUUCAAAAAGGUUCUCAAAAAGGUGUGUUCUUUGUAUUGACUAUAUUUACUGUACGCUACUAUGGUAGUGCAUUAUUGAGGCAUGGUUUACUUUCAGAAGUCGUACAGUAGACUUUCUAAUUCAAAAUACUGUUAAACCAAAAAUAACACAACACAGACUUUUUCUUAUAUCUGUGUUUGCUUGCGCAUGAUAAGUUGCAUCUGUCAGUGUUGUUAGCAGCUCAAAGUGUUGCUUUGUGUAUUUCAAGUGAUAUUAUGUUUUGUUUACCUUUUGAAUGUGACAAUGUUGGGCCAUUUAAACUGAGCCUAUAUUUUUACACUUAUUAGCUGUACAUACCUGUCACUCAAGACAAUCAAAUAUACCUACAGUAGCACUGUGUAUCCUCAGAGAUGAAUCCUCUCCCUAUAGACUUUUCUACUUUAACCACCAUACUUCUGACGUGGUUUAGUAUGUUGCUAACCUUAAUACAUGUGCAUGUUUUCACUCAAAUGCCUUAAAAUGUAGCUUCAUAUCCUAAUUUUCUUCAUGUUGUCUCUGCAUGUGUUCUUUUUAUAUGCUGCUACUGCUGUAAUGGUUUAAUAGUACUUAAUAGACUUGCCUGCGUUUACGUUCCCUGUACAUUAAUAUUGAACGAAUAGUUAUCUUAGAUUUGGAAGUGUUUCUUUUUGUUGCACCCGGCUGUGAUGAAUGUUAAUUGUAAUCUUCAGAUUACAUUUUGAUGGUGUUAUUACAUUUUAAACAGAAACUUUUACAAUUUGUAUUGGGCUGUUAAAGCUGCUAGUAACAUUUGUGACGGAUAUUUUAAGUACAUCGGACAGUGUGUACAAUAAAAAAAGGUAAAUU